GUGAAAGGGUGCGCCCCCGCUGCCACUAUAAAAGCUCCGCACGCUCCUCAUCAGACAUCAUUCAACAUCCCGCUUCACAUUUCUCACAAUGGCAUUCAAGUUUGUAGUCCUCGCUUGCCUGAUAGCAGCCGCUAGCGCUGGUGUCGUCCCAGCCGCACCCGUGGCAUACGCCGCCGCCCCGGCUUAUCAGGCCGCCCCAGCGUACGCCGCCGCCCCAGCCUACCAAACUGCUCCUGUAGCAUACGCUGCCGCCCCAACCUACCACGCCGCCCCCGUCGCCUACGCAGCUCCAGUCGCCAAGGUCGUAGCUCCCGUCACCAAAGUCGCCGUUGAAGAAUACGACCCUCAUCCCCAAUACAGCUUCGCUUACGACGUACAAGACGGUCUUACCGGUGACUCCAAGAGCCAGCACGAGACACGCGACGGAGACGUCGUCCAGGGCUCCUACUCGGUCGUCGACCCUGACGGCACCAAGCGCACUGUGGAGUACACCGCUGACCCACACAACGGUUUUAACGCCGUGGUGCACCGUGAAGCUCUCGGCGUGAAGGUUGCCGCCCCUGUGGUCGCCAAGGUCGCCGCUCCCGUGGCUUAUGCUGCGCACGCCCCGGUCUCAUACGCUUCCGCCCCUGUGGUAGCCAAGUACGCCGCCCCCGCCGCGUACGCCGCCACCCCCGUGCUGCACGCCGCCCCUGUCGCUAAGAUUGCCGCUCCCCUUGCCUACUCCGCCCCAGUGUACCACCACUAAAUCGAUACCAAAUCUUUAGUUAUAUCUUAAAUAUGGUUUAGCGUAUUAUUUUAAAUAUGCUGAAUCAUGCAUUAGUUGACAAGUUAAGGGUAGUCAAUUAAAUUAUUAUCUAUCCUA